AUGGCCUUGCUUUCGGUGACUAUUCUUCUCAACCUUGGUCUUAUUGGAUAUCAGCUUGCUAAUACACUGCAGUGGAAAACGGUCGAUUUCUUCGAAGUGAGCCAAGUCAACCCUGCGGACGACGAGAGCCAGUCCUUCUUCGAGAACAACGAAAUCAGCUGCGUCUGCUCGGGCUCCGAGAACCUCUUCCUUGGUAGCUACGAUGGCAGCGUUCGUAUCCUCUCUCCAUCUUUCAAGGUAUUGCGAACCUUCCAGGCGCACGAAAGCGGCUCGAUCACGCAUAUGAAGCAGGUGGAAGGGACAGCGUUGUUAGUAACAAUAUCGGAAGACAUAUCUAAUGAGCCGGUACUGAAAGUAUGGGCGCUGGACAAGCAAGUGAAGAAGACCGGACUUCCAACCUGCCAGUCAACACUCAGUAUACAAAAUGGGAGGAAACCGUUUCCGAUCUCAGCCUUCACAGCCCUCGAUGAUCUUUCGCAGCUAGCCGUGGGAUUUGCCAAUGGAUCCGUGACCGUCAUAAGGGGGGAUUUGGUACAUGACCGGGGCGCAAAGCAAAGGACCGUUCAUGAAUCCGAGGAGCCUAUCACUGGAGUCGAGUUUCGAGACGAGAACAAGAUCAUCACCCUAUACAUAUCGACUACAUCACGUAUACUGAAGCUUGCUAUCUCUGGGCGUUCAGGCCAGGCUGCCAAAACAGUCGAGGAGUUGGGAUGUGGUGUUGGGUGUAUGACUCUCGACAAACGAACGGGGGAUAUUGUCGUUGUCCGAGAUGAUGCGAUUUACUACUACGGAGUCGAUGGACGGGGUCCAUGCUACGCUUACGAUGGCCCAAAAAGCUUGGUGACUAUCUACAAGGACUAUGUUGCUCUUGCAUGUCCACCCGCAAUCGCCACCACUUCUGCCAAGGCAAAUGGGCUACGGCGCUUCGGGGGCUCUCAGGCCGAAGACCUUUUCAACACGUCAACUUUCACGCUACUAGAUACUGGUCUACGGUUUGUUUCGCUUUCUGAAUCUUUGGUGUCCCAAAUCAAGACAUUGUUUUCAAUUUGGGGAGACCUCUUCUCGCUCACUCAAGAUGGUAAGAUAUGGAGAUACCAUGAGAAGUCUCUGCAACAGAGACUAGAGAUACUGUAUCAAAGAAAUCUGUUCAUGCCUGCUAUUAGCUUAGCUCUCAGGUCGGGCAUGGAUUCGCAUCAGCAGAACGUUAUCUAUCGCAAAUAUGGCGACUACUUGUACCAGAGGGCAGAUUAUGAUGCCGCCAUGGAGCAGUAUCUGAAAGCCAUUGACAAUACCGAGCCAUCGCAAGUCAUCCGAAAGUUCUUGGAUACGCAGAGGAUACACAAUUUGAUCGAGUAUCUCGAAGAAUUGCACGAACACCACAAAGCGGCAGCAGACCACACCACUCUUCUCUUGAACUGCUAUGCAAAGCUUAAAGAUAUCGGUAAACUUGAAAACUUCAUCAAGUCACCCGGUGAUCUGAAAUUUGACCUUGACACGGCGAUUUCAAUGUGCAGACAGGGUGGAUAUUUUGAUCAAGCUGCUUACCUUGCCACCAAACACGGGGAGCACGAGCUUGUGGUCGAUAUCUUGAUCGAGGACUCGAAACUUUACUCGGAGGCCUUGCAGUAUAUCUGGCGACUUGAGCCAGAUGCAGCAUAUCCCAACUUCAUGAAGUACGCAAGAGUUCUUCUGGAACAUUGCUCGAAAGAUACGACAGACUUGUUCAUUGAAUAUUUCACAGGACUUUAUCAACCAAAGAAGGAGAUUGUCGCCCCCCGGACAGUGGUUGUGCAACAGCCUGGGUACGCCGCCGGAGCCGUAAAUGCUGUUCAAAACUUGAGAGAUCUUCUCCCCCUACCAUACAUGAACACAUCGGCAGUGGCUUCACCACCUCCACAAGACAACAUAAUUACUACCAUUAGUGACAACCAACUCGUGGAGAGCUUAGACCAAAUUGCCCUUCCUCAGUACACCCCACCACAGCCAAGGACCGCAUUUUCUUCCUUUGUGGACCAUCCAGACGAGUUCAUCGUAUUUCUCGAAGCGUGUCUGCAAGGUAAGGAUUUGAAACAACGAGAUAAGAUAGAUCUUUACACAACACUCUUCGAAAUGUAUCUGCACAAGUCGAAUGAAAAGAAAGGCGCCAAUAGAGAGGAGUGGGAAGCGAAGGCCAAGACACUCAUCUCCGGAAAAGACAUUCCUAUCGACACCUCCAACGUGCUCCUUCUGUCCCAUCUUUCAAAUUUUCAAGACGGCACCGUUCUGGUUCGCGAACAAGCCGGUCUGCGGUUCGAUAUCUUCAGAUCAUAUACAUCUGCAAAGGACACACGUGGCGCCAUCAAGGCGCUGAGGAAGUACGGCUCAGAAGAACCACAGCUAUACCCCGCCGCAUUAGCAUACUUCACCUCGGACCCGCGAAUACUCGAAGAGGCCGGUGAUGAACUCGAUGCUGUCCUGAAGAAGAUUGACGAGGACGGGCUCAUGGCACCUUUGCAGGUUAUCCAAACACUUAGUACUAAUGCUGUGGCAACUAUGGGCAUGUUAAAGCCUUACCUACAGCAAACUAUCGAGCGCGAACGCAAAGAAAUCGCAUCGAAUCGUCGGCUCAUCACCUCAUAUCGCAACGAAACCCUUGACAAACGCCAAGAGAUAAAAGAGUUGUCUACCAAGCCGCAGACCUUUAACAACUCUAGGUGCUCGUCUUGCGGAAACCAACUGGGAUUACCUGCAGUGCACUUCUUGUGCAAGCAUAGUUUUCAUCAGCAUUGUCUCAAUAUGGACAUUGACGAAGACGGAAACGUCGAGGGUAGCUGCCCAAAUUGUCGGAAAGACAAUGACACCAUCAGAGCCAUCAGGAGGGCACAAGAUGAGAGUGCUGAUAGACACGAUAUGUUUCUGGAUGCUUUGGCUCGGAGUAAUGACAAGUUUGGAACCAUCAGCGAGUUUUUUGGCAGGGGUGUUAUGGAGGUUCCUCCUACCUUGGAGUAA